AUGGACCAAGAUGCCCAAAGACCCGAUGGCAAGCCCGUCUCGCCCGUCUACAGCUUACGCGAGCAGACCGCCGACAGGCGCCUGACAGACUCGUCCACGGCGACACCCGCCACCCAAUACCGCACCUACAAGCGCCGCUGGUUCGGCCUCGUCCAGUUGGUGCUCAUGAACAUCGUUGUUUCCUGGUGUUUCCCAUUCGAAACGCAUACUGACCAAGCACAGUGGCUCUCAUACGCUCCCGUAGCGGACAAGUCGGCCACCUACUACGGCGUCUCCAACAAUGACAUCAACUGGAUCAGCAUCGCCUUCUUCUUCGCCUUCGUCGUCGCCACCGUCCCCGCCAUCAUCGCCCUGCACCGCUCCCCGCGCAUCGCCAUCAUCAGCUCCGCACUGCUAAUGCUCAUUGGAAACUGGAUCCGCUACGCCGGCUCCAAGGACCGCGCCGGCGGCCAGUACAGCUACGCCAUGGCCGGCACCAUUGUUAUUGGCCUCGCCCAGCCCUUUGUCCUCGGCGCCCCCUCCGCCUACUCGGAUCUGUGGUUCACCACCCGCGGCCGCCUCGCCGCCACGGCCGUCACCUCCCUCGCUAACCCGUUCGGCUCCGCCCUCGGUCAGCUCAUCAACCCGCUCUGGGUGUCCUCCGUCGGUGAUGUCUCCAACAUGGUGCUCUACGUCGCCAUCAUCGCAUCGGCCGCCUGCGUGCCCGCUCUCGCCAUCCCCGCGCGCCCUCCCUCGCCUCCCGGCCCUACCGGUGAGACGCCCAAGAUUAAGCUCCGUUCUUCGGCCCGCGCCAUCCUCUCAUCCCUCGAGCUCUGGCUCAUGCUCCUCCCCUUCUUCGUCUUUGUCGGCUUCUUCAACUCUUUUAACUCGCUCCUCAAUCAAAUCCUCGUCCCCUACGGCUUCACCGACGACGAGGCCGGCAUCGGCGGCGCCGUCUCCAUCGCCGUCGGUAUCAUCUGCGCUGCCAUCACCUCCCCGAUCAUCGCCCGCACCCACAGCCUCAUCCUCUCCAUCAAGAUCCUCAUCCCAGUCCUCGGCCUGUCCUAUCUCGUCCUCCUCUGGAUGCCCGAGACCCACGCCGCUGCUGGUGUUGCCGGCCCAUACGUCAUCAUGGCCGUUCUCGGUGCCUCGAGCUUCUCUCUCGUCCCCGUCGCCCUCGAGUUCCUCACCGAGGUCAGCCACCCCCUCGGCCCCGAGGUCACCUCCACCGUGGCCUGGGCUGGCGGUCAGAUCUUUGGCGCCGUCUUCCUUAUCAUCGGCAACCACCUCGUCGACGGUGACGCCGCCAACCCCCCGCGCAACAUGAAGCGCUAUCUCAUCUUCCAGGCUGUUGUCAGCAUGGUCGUCGUCCCCGUCCCGCUCAUGCUCGGACUCUUCGGCCGCAAGGAUAAGAUCAUUCUGCGCCGCUUCAAGGGCGACACGGCCGGCCUAGAAUCUAUCCACAGCAACGCCUAA